GUAUCUGGCCGUCAUCAUUUCUGUUCUAUAGAUCACAUUGUUAAACGAACGUCAAUGACUGACGGUUUGUUGUGAUUUUGUUAGUGACCGUUGUCGAGGGUGUCCGUUGUGAUGACAUUUAAACAUGAAUCUAAGGCCGUUCAUGGUGUACGUUUCUCGUAGUGUUAGAAUCCGAACGUUUUAUCAGUGUUAUGCCUGCUCAAAUACUCGAUAACAAUAGCACCGUCAAGAGCGUAUUACAAAUAAUGAACGCCGAACCGUCUUCAUCUCCUAACAAUCAUUCCCAACAGCAUCUCAUGAACGACGGGACAGGUAGGAGCUCACCGAUCACUAGCAAGCAGAAGAUAACUGUUGUUGUACUAUGCUUCGUUAACCUGAUUAACUACAUGGAUCGUUACACGAUCGCAGGUAAUCCAUUUAAUUUUGUAUAGUUUGUUUGUCGUCAAUCACGAAAAUACUACAAAUAUUCUCUAAUGCAUUUACGACCUCACUAUACUUACUUGAUUUCCCUUAUUUAUGUGGUUCAGCUAAAUUGAAUGGCUGAGUAUUUCUUAGCUUUUAUUGAAAAAUACUCAACAGUCUUAUUAUAUUUAUAUUCCAAAAGACCCGUCAGAAAUUUACCAGAAAACCUAUUUUGGGCUCAGCUCUGAACAACCGUUGAAUUUGUACUUUAACAUCUGAACUUUUUAAGAAAAGUUUUUGCCGAACAGAAUUAGGUAAAGUAAUCAAUCCAAUAAGUGAGGUAUUACUUAUCUAUUAUUUUGAAUUUUUUCUGAAUAAACCAUAAAGAAAAAUGAAUUGAUAAGUAUAAGGUUAACUUAUUAUUAAACACUUUAACUAAUAGGCAAACUGAAAUUUAGUGUGUGUGGCACAAUUCACCACCAAUCCAAAUCAUAAUAACUUAUAAUAUUUUUGCAUGGUUAUUUUAUUACUGGUUUAUUUACUGCAGUUUAUAUUUUUAUUUUUUGUAAAUAUUUAGUGCAUUUUAACACUCAGGUUUAUAUUAGGUUAUAUUACAAACCACCCACCAACAUGAUCAUAAAAGCAAAUAUUCUGACAUUUAAAUAGUUUAAUAAAAAACUAAUUAUUUAACUGUUUUAUUAUAAUUCAUUGUCUGACAUAAGAUGUUGUGUUAUAGUGGCUAUAAUUGUCUAUAAUUUGUAACAAAUUAAGUAAAAAAAAUAUAGUUGCAAUUAAACUGAUGAACAAUACAGAUAACUGUUCAUUAUUAAAUCAUGCUCUACAGUUACGGAGAGGAGGUUUAGGAGUUCAGAACCCUCAACAAUUUCUUCCUUUACUACAUUUUAACAAAUCAAGUUUUACAUUCAGCAGCAUUAUAAUAUCUUAUAGGUACUUUAGAAUAAAAUAAAAUACAAUUUUAUUUUAUUUAGUAAAGGUAGAAAUUGUUGAAAAUUGUACUGUACUGAUAAUAUGUGCUAUCCUCCUUCUCUAGAAAAUUAUAAGCACAACCAAAAAGAAAAUAACCUGCAUGCGCUACAGAUACUUUAAAUACCUAAUUAUUUUUAAACAUUGAUAAAAUAAUAAGAGAUUACUGGCUCUUUUUGGUAAUAAAAAAUUCUCAAGGGCCAAAGUAAUAUACCUAACUAAUAAUACUUUUAAAAAAACUCUUAAAACCUUACUGAUUAUUAUUAGGAAUAUUAUUUUUAAACAUAUAUUAUAACUAAAAUAUAAGAUACCUAAGUAAUACUGAAAACAUUGUAUUAAAUUAAAAUGUAUGUGAUCUCAGUUAAUAAUAAAAUCAAAUAUGAUGCUUUUGCAAUGGGUGACUAAGUUGAUGUAAUCUUUACUGAUUUCUGAAAAGCGUUUGACAGGGUGAGUUCUGUUGUAUUAGUGGUAGUCUUGGAAAGUAGUGGGUUUUGGAAGCCAUUAUUGUCUUGGUUCACAUCAUAUCUACACAACUAUAAGUAAUAUGUAAACAAAUUUGGUCAUAAGUUAGAGUUAUUCGAUGUGCCUUCUCGGGUCCACAGGGUGGAGGACAUCUCUCCUCGUUCACUUUACUAGUGAAUAGUGUCAAAAGUGUGAUCAAAAGAUGUCAAUUCCUAUUAUUCGCUGAUGAUUUGAAGUUAUUUAUGAGGGUGCAUACUAUAAAUGAUUGCCACUUACUACAGAGUGAUUUUAAUGCAUUGGUUGAGUGGAAUGAUAUUAUCGGACUACAGUUUAAUGUUGCCAAAUGCCGCUCAAUGACCCUUCAUAGAAAACAUGUUCCUUUAGUAUUUUCUUACUCUAUCUGGUACCAUUUUUACCAUUCUGGGUAAUUCAGUUAAUGAUCUUGGGAUUUUAUUUGAUCGAAAUCUAAACUUCCAAGCCCACAUCAAAGCAUCUUGCUGCAAGGCUCUGAAAACGCUUGGAUUUUUAAAGUGAACUUGCAACAAAUUUAAACUGUUAACUCCCCUAAAAACCCUAUACUGUACACUUGUUAGGUUGAUUUGAAUUUGGUGCAGUCACUUGAUAUCCACACAGGGAAAAAUAGAGACCAGAUAGAAGAGAGUUUCCAGUGAUUGUUGAGCUUUGCUGCUUAUUUGCUAAAAAUUUAUCACCAGUCGCAUGAGUAUGAUUUGGUUAAAUGCUCUAGGUCUGCAAUCCCUGGCAGAUAGGCGAAAAAUUGCUAUCCAACUGUUCUAAAGGAGCUUAGUUACUUUGGCAGGUUUGUUUUAGAACGCCUCACCACUGGUCCCGAUCACCUUAUCCUUUGGCCAUUAAAUACUGCACCACCAACUACUUGCCUAACCGACCGAUGACUAGGAUGAUGUACAUUGCCAACGAGGACCCAUCAUUUCUAUGUAAUUAGUAUUGUAAUAUUGUAGUACUGUUAAUCUGAUUAUGUAAUUGUUUAUCUAUCUGUAAGAAUCUUGCAUGUAAGUUUUUCUGUACUCGGGCCGCGGCCCGUUUUGCAAAAUAAAAUAAUUUAUAUUUUAUUUUAUUGAUGAUGUGUUCAAGGUCUUAAAAGGUCUUAACACAAUUUGUUCAUUAUUUUCUGUUAUAGGUAAUAUUUAAAAUCGUGUUUUAGGUUUCGAACGUAGUGGGGUAAGCUAUUGGUUUUAAAAUGUUGUUUUUUAUUUCUUUUUUCGUUCUAGUAUGUGGUCUUAAUUAUUUUAUAAAAACACGGACGACGUUUUUUACCAGAAAAACAAUUUAAUCGAAAAUCAUAAGAUCCAUUUUUCGUUGCCUUUUUAAUUUACUUUCUCACGGUACCAUCGCUAAAACUUUGAAGUCACUUUUGAGCUUUUAAGGAAUUUUAAUUUUUGGGAGUUUUAUUUGCUGUAGUUCGAUUAUAAAUGUACAUAGAGACUUGAAACUUGGUAACAAUACUUAUAUUGGACUUACCUAGACGUAAAAUAUUAAAAAUCAUCGAACAACUUUUUUUCAUUUUUUUUACAAUGGUACUUUUUUUAUGUACUGUAGACCACUUAAAAAAACUUACUCCUAUGUAUAAGUGUAGAAUCUUUUCUUAAAAUCAAUUUUAUCUAUUUGGUAAAUACAUAUGUUAUUUUUUGAUUUUCGAAACUGUAUUUAAAAUAAAAAUGAUUAACCGGGGAAAAAAAUGUUUUCACAAUUUCAUUUAAAUAAGUACAUACCACGUUUUCUAUCACUAAUAUAGUUCUAAUUUAAAAACUACAAGAGACCAUAUUUUUGUUGAAUUUUUUUUUUUAAAAGGCGUUUUCAAAAAAUCCAAUUUAACCGAUAACCCCAAAAAAAUUACGGCACUUCAAAUUAUGUAUUACUGAACUGUGCUCGAAAUAGUCUUUUGUCAGCAAUGGUUUAUCGUUUCUUAAAGAUAUAAAUGAAGUAACCUUAUGUAUCUUACCUUCCCAACUUCUCACCUACAACAGUAGACGCUCCCAUCCCUAAUAUCAGUUCUUUUUUUCAUAUUUAUUCUUUGUUUUUAUACAUAAUUAAUAAAAUGUUUCAUAUGUUCCAUAUGGUGGAAUAGUACUAAUUAGAUGGUAUUUCAGUAAUAAUUUUUAAAGAUAUCUAUAUAUAUAUAUAUAGUACCUAAAUGUGUACUUAAUAAGUAGGUAAUUAAAAAAAAUACAUAUUUUAAUAUUAUAAGUUACUUCAAAUUUAAAGUAAUUAAUUAAUUAUUUAAUAAUGAAUGAGAAUUGUGCAUGUGAAUAAAAUGUUAUAACUGUUAUGAAAUUAAAAUAAGUACUACAUACAUGCAUAAUCAAACUACAAAUCAAAUUUUACUAAUAUCACUUUAGUUAAUGUAAUAGCAUAGAAAACAAAUUACAAAAAGAAAAUAAGAAAUAUUUCUUUAAGUAACAGUAGUUACUGAAAAGUUUAAAAUUGUGUACAAUGUAAAAUCAUUAAUGUUUAUACCUAUGUACAAAAAAUAUAAAACUAAUAUAGAAUUAUAAUUGAAUGGUCAUGGUUUUCUGUCGUCAACCAGUCUAGCUAGUGGCAAUGUUGGUUCUUUGACCCUAAUAUUUAAUUACUUGGCAUAUUAAAUUGAUGUGUACCUCCAUAUUUCUCAUUCAUAUAAAUUUAAAAUAAAUGAUUAAACGAGUACCUAUUAGAUUAGGUUAUGGUUUUAAUUUAGAAGUUACAUUUUUUUAAAUAACUACCUACAAAUUUUUAGUUUGUUCUUACAAACUAGUUUUUAAACUCUCUAUGUAUCUAAUAUAUAAUAUGGAGUAAAUUUAUAACAUUGUUUUCCAAACAGAGGGAUAUAUUGAACUCAUUUCAUGUGAGGUGCAAGGAUUUGCAAUCUAAAUUUUACAUUAACGAGUCGAAAAAUUUGUAGUGAAUAGAUUUGCAGCUUCCUUCUCACUGAACAAUACUGUUUCCUCAAGAGGGAGUAUUUUGGAAAUAGUAUUAUUAGAAUGGUUUUUAUUUACAAAUUUCUAAAAAUCAAAUGGUUUAUGGUUUAAUGAACUUUCAAUAGUUUUUACAUAGGCAUAAUAGGUUUAGUAAAAUUGCAGAUGUUCCAAAUAAAAAUAAAGAGCUGACCCUGGGGAUGGGUGUGUUACUGUUCUAGAUGGGAAGUUGGGAAGGUUAGAUACAUGAAGUUAUUUAAUUUAUAUCUGUUCAUAUGACUAUCCAAAGAUUAAUUAUUGCUAUUAGAUGCAAAGUUUGUUUUAAAUGUUUUGAAAUAUUACAUUAUUUACGAUAUUCCUCAACAUUUGAUAAUAAUAUUCUUAUAUUAAAAAAAAAAUUAUAUUACACUAAUUUUUUUUACCACACAUAUCUUAUAAUGAACCUUCUGUUAAAUUUUCAAGGAUUUCUGUAUGUACUUGUAAUAUAAUUAAUUCUAUAAUUUAGAAUAAAUAAUAAAUAAUAUUAGCGGAAUUCUUUUUUUUACGAAAUUUGCUUAUUGUUUUAGAUAACAGAUUGAAAAUGUCCUUUUUAUUAUAAAGUUUUUACAAAUGUAUUUGAAGUUGUAUGUGCUUGGUAGUAUGAAGAAAGACACGAAUUUGCCAAUAAAAAUGUUUUAUUUCAUAUUUUAAUAGUUAUUGCUGUUGCAGUGUUGACUAUAGUUUGUUAAAUGAUUCGAUUACACCACGGUCCAUGACGAACAGCUUUGUCGUUCUUAUCUGCGUGCGCAGCUACGUUUUAAUUCGUCGAAUCAGAUCACCUGAUUCGCCACUCCUCGUAAAGCAUUUCGGUGGCGGUUGGACGCUGCGCGCGCAUCUAUUUUUUAAGGGGUGACUGGGUGAGAAAUAGAGGGAGCCUAGAUAAGAAUUUAGACGGAAUAGGGGAUAUGGGAGCUGAAUGGGGUAAUGUUAAUCGUGAUUUAAUAAAUAUAUUAUUAUAUUAUUAUAAUAUAAUUAUUUAAUAAUUAUUAUUUAGUAAAUAUUAGUUGAUAUAGGCAAUCAACGAAAUUGAGAGCAUUUUCCUUUUAACUACAACAAUAACAGUAUAAACGACAAUCCACGUGUCGUGUAUUUGAUUAAAUUAAAUAUUAUUAUUCAUCUGUCCAGAAUCCACCACACAAUUUACUCCUAUUUAUCGUAGUUAACUAGUAAAGUAGUAACCAAACAUUAGUAAACCCUUAUACCAACUUGAAAUGGAAUAAUGGUUACAAGAUUCACUAAACUGUUUACUAAAAAGAGUAACCUAGUACCAACUCUUAAACACGUUAUCAGUACCUAGUUUUCUUACGGCUAUAAUGACCAAAACACGCCUUAAUGUCUUAUAUUUCAACUCGGUGGACGUUACAUAAUAUUAACAACUUUUUUUAAAUUUACAAUAUUUGCCUUGACUCCAAUAAAAUUCGAAUAUUAAAUAAACCAUUAUUAGAAAUUUAGAAAUGGUUGCUUAAAUUCUGGUAGAUAUUAUUUGUUAUGUACUAUAUUAUGUGAACAAGAUUAAAAGGUGCUAACAUAUUUCUAGUAGUAUAAUAAUAUUUAAUACCCACUAGUAGAAUAUUAUCUCGUGGACCCCGAUAAUACCAUCAUCUCCAUAAAGAUGAGCAAAAUGGGUCACUUAAAAGACCCUCGUUCAUAUGAUUUAUUCACGCGACCAAUAAACAAAUUAAACCAAGUGACUACUCUCUGAGUCAAAAGAUCUUAUUAGCUAUCAUAGUAUAAAGUUUACAAUUCUCAUUCAUUCCGUAAAAAUGUGUAUACUAAAAUUACUUGUAUGGAUUUUUACGGAAUGGAUGAAAAUUGUACAUUAUAAUAUAGGGGGGAGGUCUAGGAAAUGUCACAUCCGUUUUGACGCCAAUCAGCAGUCGUUUUGAACGUAAGAAGAGUUAAUGCCCCGGUCAACAUUUAACGCAAACUAGUGAUUUUCAAUCGACUAAAUUUUAAAAGAAAAUACCUAUACAGCUCGAUUAAAACCUAUGUUACAAAUAUUGCGCAAAUUUUGAAAAAUAUGUAUUUAAUAUUAUAAUUUACUUCCCUGUUAAAACUUAUCUUAAAUUAAUUUAACUACCGAAAGUACAUCAAUUUUGUUAUUGUGAUUUGCGACUUCUAGGUAUUUUAUAAAAUCAUAGAUAGAUUUAUUAAGGUCUCACUACUUUAAAAUAUUAUUUCAUGAUUAAAGCUUUUUUCCACUAAGAAUUCAAAAAUGAUAAAAAAAAAGUUUUUCUGCUUUAAAUACUAUAAAGAUAAUAUUUUUUUUUUGGCGAUUGAAUACCCAUUGUUUUACGUGUAUACAUAAUUUCUUAUUUUGAAUUGUGCAAUUCUUAUCCUUUAAUAUUUAAUUAAUUAUAAUACUUUUCGUUCAAAUUUUUAUUAAAAUACGUCAUCUUCAGAAAAAUCAUCUAAUUGACAAUUUGCAUUAAAACAUGAGGUGUUCUCAUUUGAAAAACUAAAGUUUAGUAUUGUCACAGGAUAAAACCAAUAUCACCAAUAUCAUAUAUCGAUUUAUGUAUCGGCUCACCUCUAAUAUACAAAUGAAAAAUAAAAUCUUCUAGGCCUUUAUUUAAUAUCCUAGUAGAUUCUUUGGUUCAAAAUAUAUCGGUGUACAAAGUAUUUUCUAUAUUCAUCAGUUGCUUAAUUUAAUUUUUUUUAUACACAUGUGAUUAUGUACGAACCCUGUUUAGAAUUUUCAACACAACUAAAAUAUUUCACAUAUUUCCCAACACAUCUAUUAAACCAUGUAAUAAAACCGUAAGUAAUAGCUAAUUAAGUAUCACUCACGAAUCAUCACUGUAAUAAAGAACUUGGUAAUCAUGAAAAAUAUCUACGCAUAAUCCUAAUCAUUUUUUCGGUUUUAAUUCAAAAGAAAAACUAUAUUUAAUUUAAAAAUAAAAUAUGUUAAGCCAUUAUAUGCCAUUAUUCAGGCCAAUUAAUUUGUUAAACCACGCCAAAUUAAUUUAAUAUUGGAUUUAAAUUACAUAAAUGUAUACUUUCCGUGGUCCAAAUGACGCCAAUAAUAUACACCUUAAGAACUGCUAUAUUUUUUCUUUUUAUGACAAUCAUGAACUAAGAUGCUUCUGUUAUUGAAACUAAAAGCAUCUCUGUCACUAAGUUUGAAUUUAUCAAAUGCAACUGCAAGUUUUGGUGUGAGAAAAUUAAUACCUCCUCUAUUUGGUUAUUAAAACAAUUUGUGAAUGAACUGGGCUUGUCAAACUUUUCAUCUUCUAUCUCAUCACUUGAUGACGUACUCACUUACAAUGUAUACAUUAUUUUAUAUCACAAAAUAUUCUACCAAUUUUCUAAUGUUCUUAAAGAGAAGUAUUUCACGAGGAUUCGACAAAUGUAAUAACUUUUGUUCUAUUCAAUAUUUAUCGUCUAGUAGUAUAUAUCUUACAUAUGUCGUAUGUGAAAGGCAGAGAAAACCAAUGUUGGUAGGAGCCGAGGGGCGAUGAUGCCAGUUCUUCUACAAUCAAUAAGAAUGUACUAUAUCAUUAUUGCCAACUAUAAAAAACCAAAAUCUGUUAUUGAAAUGGGCCAUUGUCACUAUGUACAUGCCAUUGCUUACUCAAAUAGGCACUGAGACAUAAAUUAUUCUAUGGCGCUAGGAGGAAUGAGCUUUUAGCGACCCAUUCUCAUCAGUUAUGUUUGGUUUUAGCAUGGACUUCUAUACUAGAAGUAAAAAACAAGUAUAGUAUAAGUUAGUAAAGUAGUCUGUGGGUUUUAGUAUAUAGUUACCACAAUCUUAGAUAGUUCCUACAAGGUGGAUUUAGGUUAUGUGAGUUAAUAGUUAUUAUUUAAUUAAUACACGAUAUAAUGUAAUGAUGGUCAAUUAAAUGGGCUAUUAUAACUGUGGUUGUGUAAAUCUGUAAAAGAUUUAGAAAACAAAUUAAAUUAGCUUAACUAAAAAUUAUUUAGCUUGGUAAUAUUAUAUUAUAAAAAAAAUAAUAAUUAGUGAUAUAAACUGGUCACCACAAGUUCAUUACUUCAACUUUCCAAGCAUUGACCCAUGACCAUAGGCCCACCACUAGCCGUCUGGGAAGUCAAAUAGUGGGAGAAACACAGUCUCGGGUUGACCUACCGACGUCAACCAAAAACCUAGUCGGUACCACGGGCGGGGGCGCCCCACUUCACGCCAGACCGGUCUGGCCGCUCCGGACGUAGUGUCCCCAAGGUUGAGGAGCCUAACUCGGCUGAAACGUGGUGGCUGUGGGACAGGUGCGAGAUAGUAAAGCUAAUCCUCUGCACCUAGUGGGCGAACGGAACCCAUCCCGGUCGCGAAAAAGGUACGGACCUCAAAAGCCCGGGGCCGGUGUUCCUUCCAAGGACCCUGGACCGGCGGCGGCUCGCCGUCGUCGCUCCAGCACUACGACCGGCCGCAAAUAGCGCCCAGCGCUAAGACGUGGACGGCCGGCGGUAGGCGUUAGCUACAAAACCUUUGGGGAUCAGUUGACCCAUGACCAAUCUGGGUAAGCAAUAGUUUGUAUAAAGUAUUGGAAAUCAGGAAUUCAAUUAAUUAAAUACUAAAUUUCUUGUUAUUUUCAAAAAAUUAACUAUUGGUAUCAUAUGGAUUUUGAAUUCCCACCUACAAUAUUUUUAUUAUUUUGUGGAAGAUCUGGAUUUUCUCAGUGAAUAAGAGAAACGUUCCUAUAUUUGUGGCCUUAUCAAUAUAUUAAAUUUACAGUUCAUAAAAAUUAAAAAUUGAUCUAAGGAUUUAUAUAAUAAGAUUAUGCGAAAAAAUAUUUUAAUUUAUAUGCUGGUUAAUAAAUGUGUUUUUAAUAUUUGUUUUUACAUGUACUAACAAGAUAUAUUAUUUAUGAGUAUAUAAACAUAUUAUAUUUAUGUUGUACACAAUCUCUAAAUAUCUAAUAGUUUUUAAUCCGUGUUUAAGUGAAUGACUCGAUAAUGAUUAUCUAUAACAAUUUUUGUCACACAGAAUGGUAUUUCAAUAGAUUCAUUUUAAUAAGCCAUACGUGUAUCACAAAAAAAAGAAUUACUUUGUUUUGCACGUAUAAAAUUCAAUUAUAAACAUCUAUAUAGAAAUUAGAAAUCGGGUUUUGUUUUUUUUUGGCAAUUUAACAAGAAAAUCGAUUUAAAUAGAACCCACGGAGUACAUUAAGACUGGGAAAAUUAAUUACAGGCGUACCUACUAAAAACCUCCACUAAAAGCUAUAGUGAAGAAUAAUUUUCUAUAUUCUAAUAUUCGGUUGUCAUGCCAACCAUCAAAUAUAACAACAAUAUAAGAUAUUAUACAUUUAUUUCUAUGUAAUAUAAAAAUAUUUGCAUCUAUUUUAUAUAUUAAGCACUUAUCUACUCAUUUCGUAAUAUGUAUAUCUUUAUAUUAUUUUUAUAGUAAUAAAUAAAAUGUAAAAUGUGUUUUAAAUUCCGAACGUAGCUAUUGGUUUACAAUGCUGUUUAUUUUUUUAUUCUUUGUUCUAUUCUGUGGACACGUUAUUUCCUAGUAAACUUACUCCGAUGUAUGAAUGUAUCACUUUUUCUGAAAGCUCAAGUUGUCUAGAUUCUUCUUUAAAGAGGUCAUUUUUUAAAUAAAUGCACUUAAGUGGGAAAAAGCAUAGGGAGACUUAUGGUUUCAUUAUUUUAUAAAAACAUGGACGUUUUCUACCAGAAAAAAUGAUUUAAUCGAAAAAUCACAAGAUACCUUUUUUGUUGCCUUUUUGAUUAUUUUAUUACAGUAUCAUCACCAAAACUUUUGAGAUUUUUUUGCUGUAAUUUGGUUAUAAAUACACGUAGAGACUUGAAAUUUCGUAAUAAUACUUAUAUUGAACUUGCCUAGACGUGUUAAAAUUUACAAAAUCAUCGGACGACUUUUUUUUUUUUUAAAAUCAAAUUUAAAUGAAAAUCGAAAACAAAAUUACGGCACUUCAAAUUAUGUAUUACCGAACUGCGCUCGGAAUCGUCUUUCGUCAAAUAAUGGUUUAUCGUUGCUUAAAGAUAUAAAUAAUAUAACCUUAUGUAUUCUAUCUUUCCAACUUCUCACUUACAACAGUGGCCGCUCCCAUCCCCAGUAUCAGCUCUUUAUUUUUUUUUUUUACAUAAUAUGGUUACCCCUGACCCCUUCAAGUUAGCACAUUUGAUUAAAUUAUAAAUUAUGUUUUUCUUUUCUAAAUCUUCUACAUUUUUUACUAUAAGUGUUAUUACUUAAUCUAGAAUAAUAAGUCCACCAAAAAUAUAAAUGUGAAAAAAAGAGCAAAUUUGUUAUGAAGAAUAUUGUUAGUUUCGGCCAAAAAAAGAAAUAUUAUCUAAGUAGGUGUCAAGUUUAAAUUUGUAAACAAAUUGCUUGCUUAUUACUCAAUUUUUGACUUAACAAGUUUUAUUUACAAUAAAUAAGUUAAGGCAGUGUUUCUCAAACAUGGAGAUCACCAAAAAUAUAAAAUAUUGGAUCGUCAUGUAUACAAUAUAUAUUUUAGGAGUUGCUAAAAAAAUUAAUAUUUAUUUAUGUAGUCGCAACGGUAAAAAGAUUAAGAAACACUGAGUACACACACGAUUCAUUUAUAAUUAAAUCUUGGCAAGUCAAAAAUGUAGUAGUGAGUAAGCAAUUUGGUUAAUAAUUUAAAUUUGGUAGAUAUCCACCUUAAUACCAUCAUUCCUUUUUUCGGGAAGUUGACAAAUUUCUUAUUCUUAUCGAACUUGGCCUCUUGGUCACAUGUAUUUUCUUGAUGGAAUAUCAUUUGUGUAAAAUGUUACAUUCUACCUAAAUAUAAUAAUAUACCUAACAGCAGUGAAGGAACUAUUUUUUAAAUACUUCCACACUGGUGCUAUCGUUAAUUAAUAAUUACAAAUAAAAUGUACAAACUCGUUUUACCUUCGUGCGGCUAACUCACAUUAGUAAUAAACAAUACAAAAUGAACGAUUAACAAUUAGCAUACAUAACACCUUAACCUAACAUAACUGAUUUUCAGUAUCAAUGUUUUCUCGGUAUUUUUUUAAAUUAAUUUUUUAUAUUUAAAAUUUUGUAUUUAAUUAUUUAUAAUUUUAACAAAUAUUAAGUUUAAGACAUUUAUUUAUGUCACUUUACUAUUUAUUAAAGUAUUUUGAAGCCAUAAAAGAGAACACCUUGAGUGUAUUUUGGUAUACACGUAUAAAUGCCAAAGUUCAUUAGUAUUGUUGGAACGAGUACAAUGUUCAUUUUUAAAUAAUCGUAAUACCUAUGUAUUCAAGUAUACAUGUUAGAAUCGGGUGUAUGUUGUAGUAUAUUUUUAUCUUUUGAACAUGUGACAUUUCUUAUGACAAAGAUGUUUUUUUUAUAAUUGUAAUUUGUAUUACAAUUUGCAUAUUAGUAUCUAUUAUUAUAAUAAAUUUAGGUGUAAAGUAGCUUCAAAUAUAAAAUAACGUCUAUAUCAAAUAUUAAAAUUCUACUGUUAUUUGAAUGAAAUUUAAUUUAAACCAGACUUAAUUUUUUUAAAUUUUUUACUUGAGAAGAAAUGUUUGUUUAUUUAAGUUUACUCACAUUAAUUUUAUAUUCAAAAUGUAAUGUUGAAAAAUAAAUUGAAUGCUAUUUAGAGACUCGCAUAGUAAAUAACAUGGUUUGCCGACUUAAAACUCUCAAGUUUUGUAUUAUUAUUUUAAAAUUGAAAAUAAUAAUUGUCAAAUUGUACAAUUUAAAAGUAGUAUCACCCCUCAUUGUUAUAUAACUAACAAUUUUCAAUGUUCAUUUUCAAUUUUUCUCCACGAUUUUGAGUUUAUUACGAUAGUUUAAAUAAUUAUUUUAUUAAUGGAAUUCGACCUACCCACCUAAAAAGAAACAUUUUCUAUGUUCAAUCGAUUUUAAAAGUUGCUGGAUAAAAAUACAAUUGUGAAUGUCAAACUAAUUAUAUCGCCGCCCCUGUAGAACAAUUACACAACUGAAAAAAUUUGAAUUUUGCAAGAGAGCCAAAAAACCAAAUUAUUUUUACUAAAAUGUUAAUAAUUCAUGAGUUUCCACAGCGACGCAACUGCCCUCCGGCAGUUUAAAACACAACUACAGUUACGUUGUUUGCAUACCUUAUGAGGACGUUAUACCUGCAUGGCCGCAUCUAUUGUCUCAGUCUAACUACCGGGUAACAUACAAACAUAAUACUUACAAAAAUAAGUAAAAUUAGCUUAAUUAUUUAGCUUUGAUUUUAGAGUAAAAUACGUAGUAUAAGUAAAUAAAUAAUAAGAAAUGUAUAGAGAACAAUAUUUUGGAAGGAAUGUCGUCUAUGUUUUUUGAAUUAUGAAUUAUUAAAAAAGUUACAGUUAUUUAAAAAAGAAAAAAAAAUAUAGGUUUUGUAUUUUUUAUAUCGAGCUGUAGAUUUUGAAUAGUACAAAAUCCCUAUGACUUUCCUUUAAAAAUAUUUAAAGGAUUAAAUUUCAUAAUAGGUACUUUUUCUCUAAAAUAAAAAUUAAGCUAAUUUUACUUAUUCUGCGUAACCAUUGUUUUAAUAUGUUAUCUGGUAGUUGGACUGAAACAGUAGAUGUGGACAUAGCGUUCUCUUAAGAUAGAUUUUUAUUGCACUAAACUAGAGGUCGGAAAUUAGUUUUUUAAGUGGGCCGAAUAAUUUGAAAAAAAAUUUUCGAGAGCUCAUAUAUUUUAGUAGUAUUUUAUAAUUAAACAAAAAAAAAAGUUUAACCCCUACCUAUUUGGUGUUUUGUCUUAUUUAACGUCUUAAGAAAAAACAUUAAUAAAUAUAUAUAUAUUUUUUUUUUAUUAAAAACAAUUAUUAUAUAAUAUCAUUUAAUUAUUUUAUAUAGAAUAAAAUAAAUAUUCAAUUUUAUAAUAAUAUACAAAUACUUCAAGUAUUAUAUCAUAAAUAUAGAUUAUGUUCAGACGCUUGGAUAUUCUGGAUCUACGUAGAGACAAAUAAUGAAAAUAAAUAAACAGCGUUUAAGUAAAAACAUUUUAAUAAUCCGUUUAUUUCCUCUCCACGGGCCGGAUUAUGACCCCGGGCUGCCUAUUGCCUACCCCUCUAAACAUUGCACUCUCUACCUGCACUGAACGUUUCCAUGUUGUUUCAAAUUCAAACUAUUGUUCAUUCGAUUCAAUUCCAAAAAAAAAAACCCUUAUUUUAUUUUUAUAUUCAUUAAUAUUUUCACUUGAUACUUUAAAAUAACCCCCCGAAAAUACUUCCGCAAUCAGAUUUCCUUACAAAAAAAAAAAAACCAUUGAAAAACCAAUAUAUUCCUCGCUCCACUCAGAAUCUAAAAUAGUUAUUUUCGUUGUUUAUAGCAAAUAUAUGUAUAUAUAUUGUUUUUGUAAACUAUAAAAGACAGUAUAUAUGAGGGUUUAUGAUUCUACUAUAUAAUUUUCAUAUAAACUACAAAGUAAUGCGGGUACUUAAAAUAGAUUUUUUUGAUUUUUAAAUUUUAGAGAUUAAGAACGACUUAAAUUAGCUUGGAUUUCUUUGAACAGUAUUUUAGCAGUCCUUAGAACACUUGAAAUAAUAGUAAGAAAAAUCAAUUUUAAUAACAUUAUGACACACAAUUUGAAUAAUUUACAAAGGUUUUAAAUAUAUUAUAUUUAAUUUAGUAGUAUAAACUUAUUCAACAACGAAUUUUAUUAUGAUUUAACAGUUUUAUAAAUGUAUAAGGAAUAAAUUAUAAAAUGUAGAUAUUAAAUAUCGUUAAAUAUAGUUGGGUAAUUAAUUAAAAUAAUAUAAGAUUGUGAAAAAAGAACAAUGGUUUUUCUUUAUUGUAAUGUGUCCUGCAGUGAGAUAAUAUUAUAUUAUUAUUAAGUCGUUAAGUGUAGCAUUAAAUAUUUGUUAGAUAUUAUUAUUUCAUAUAAUAUAAUCUUAUAUGAAAACAAUAUAAGAAAAACUAUCCGUUUUAAACUUACCUGUCAUUUUAGAUUUGGAAGACAGCGAGAGAUCUAUUUGUUUUACUAGGAUUUAUGUGUCGUUUAUCAGUAAACAACUUUUUGAAAAGAAAUCUUGUUCCGAUGUACUAAAUGUACAUUUUCCCUAGUUCGUGCAUUAGGGAAGUAAUUUUUUUUAUUUUCUAUGUAAUUUUCAUGAUAAUGACUUAUUAAGAAAAACCAGAAAAAAAUGUUGAAAAAACGGUAAAAAUUUACGGAAUAAUUUUUUUAUUAUUUUCAAUUUUGAUUUUUCUUAACAUAGUCAAAUUUUCAAAACAUUUGAGCCUUUUUAGUUAUUAAUAGACAUUUUAAUUUUGAGAGUUUUUUGUUUUAUUUUUAUUUGGUAGGUGGUGACUGUGCAUACAAUUGUUAGACUAAACAGAAAUGCUUGGAAAUUUAACAAGAGGUUUAUUAUAAGUUGUACUUUGUGAUAAAAAAAAAAAAGUUGCGUAAUGUAAAAGUGUAUUUUUUUUUAUUUGUAUAUACGAGUUAAUAAUAGUAAAUAUUAUUGACUUUUUAGAACAUGCAUAAUCGAAUCGUUUUUCGUGAGCAAUGGUUUAUCGUUGCUUAUAGAUAUAAAUUAAAUAACUUAUGGUAUCUUAUUUUCCCAACUUCCCAACUAUAACAAUGAUCGCACACAUCCCUAGUAUCAACUUUUUAAUUUUAUUAAUACUGUGAUAGUUUUUAUAUUUAGUUGUAUAUUGGUAUAAAUUAAUUAAUUAUAUGUACAUAUGUAGCUGCAAAUAAGAAUAACAAAUUGAUUUUAGUAUAAAUAUGUAAAUAAUUUUAGAUUCUAUGUUUACCUAAGAAUGUUUUAUUAUGAUUUUUGAGUUUAUUGUCAAAUUUUCUCUGAAAAUAGACUAUUGCACUAAUUUUCUAGCAUCUUACUCUGGAUCAGAUAAGCUCAAACUCAAAAAUUAAAUUUAUUUGAGAGCCAAUUGAAGUGAUAAAAGGUGGUUUGCAUUUAACAAAUUUAAUCAUUUUGUACAUUAAGGAUAAAUUUUUAGCUUUACAGAUUCCCCAAAAGAAGCCAGGGGGAUGAACUUUUGUAUAUGCAUGGCGUUAGUACAAAGGGUGUUCCUUUUGACAUCAAUUUUCAACCGCCACUUCUAUUAUUUUGUAUGAAUAAAUUUCACUAUUUGUUUUUUAUUUAUUUAAUUUUAGAUUCUGAGUGAAAAAAGCUUAUGGUAAUUAUAAAUUUUUUUUUCUGUAGACAACUUUUCUACCAGAGAUCUUGUUUUUUAAGAUUUUUAAGUGUAGCACCUUUACUGAAAAUAAAUCUGCCCGAGAAGAAAUUUUAAGAAAAUUUUUUUUGAUUUUCUCAAGAGUUUUCUUAUAAAAUGUGAAAACCCAGAAAAAAAAACGUAGGAAAAACGAGAAAAUGUAAGAAAUGAAGGUAUUAGUUAAAAAUAUUGUGGCUUUAUUUUUUCCUGUGAACAAAUUUGUCUGAAAGAAAAUCCGGCUGAGAAUGUACUUUUGGGAAACUAUUUUUCAAAUUUUCCUUAUAGUUUUCCCAGCAAAUGUGUAAAAACAUGGGAAAAAUAAGAAAAUGGGAACAUAUUACAAAUAUUAUUAAAGAAAUAUUUAAUGCCUAAUUAAUUUUUUACGAUAAUAUGACAUAUAUCAAGUGAUUUUCGCUCAGAAUCGUUUUUUCUUUAGCAAUGAAUUAUUGUUACUUACAAGUAUACAUUAAAUUACUUAUAACAGUGGUUGCACCCGACCACAUUAUCCUAGGACGUCUUUUUUUUUUUUAGUAUAAUAGUAUAGUAUCGUAUUAUUCUAUAUUUUUCGUUUAUUUAUUAUUUUGUAAAAAUAUAUUGCUAUAAUUAAAAAGAGAUUGAGGAAAUUUUAUUCUAGUGACAGAGGUCUGCUGUUCCUUUUGUAUUUUUUCUUUUCUAUAGAUAACUUUUCCACCAGAAAUCUUGCUGUCAUCAUCAUCUUUAGGUGGUUUCAAUUAAACAAUUUUGACCAGUUAGUAUAUUAUGAAAGUCAUUUUUGAUUUUCCAUGUAGAUUUCUUAAUAAUUGGAAAAAUUUAUAAUUACAAUUUAUAUUUACAGUUUCUUUUAUUUUUUUAUAAUUCAGCUAGUAAAUUCAAAUUAAUACAAUUUUCAAUUUAACCCAUUAUGUCUUUAAGUACCCAUAUGGUAACGAAAAACUUUUUUUUAUAAAAUAUUUGACCAUAAUUUCGAAUGUUGACCAUUUUUCAAUCUUGGCGUUACCAUUUGGUAACAUCAAAUACCUCAUGUCCUCAUUAUUGAGUUAGAAAAAUUCAAGAAUUUGUCUAUUUUAUAUUAACAUUGAAUUUAGAUGACUAAGCAGGGAAACUUUAUAAAUAAAAUAUUUAAAAAAGAACUGAUACUGGGAGCGGCCACUGUUGUAGGUAAGAAGUUGGGGAGGUAGAAUACAUAAGGUUAUUUCAUUUAUAUCUGUAAGCAAUGAUAAAGAUGAUUCCGAACACAAUUCGGUAAUACUAAAUUUAUUUAACAUAUUUUUUUUUUGAGAUUUUCGUUUACAUUUGAUUUAAAAAAAAAAGUCGUCAGAUGAUUUUGGAAAUUUUACCACCUCUAGGUAAGUCCAAUAUAAGUAUUAUUAUCAAGUUUCAAGUCUCUAUAUGUAUUUACAAUUGAAUUGCUACAAAAAAAAUUUCCCAAAAAUUAAAAUCCCUUAAAAGUUCAAAAGUUUUGAAGAUGAUACUGUGAGAAAGUUAAUUAAAUAGGUUACAUAUCUAGUAAAAUGUAUUUAUACAACUACUGUAACAUUGAACAAACUCUCUAAAAUGUUUGGUAUUCAUCUUCUUUCCCUGUGACUCGUGUAAAACCAUAUUACUUAGAAAGAUUUUAGAGAAUAAUGUUUACACGUACAAUUAAUAUUAAAUUAAGAAAAACACUUUGUUCUUUAAAUCAUAUUAUAAGUUAAUUUAUAGUUUUAUUUAUUAAACAUUUGCUUUAACUAACAUACUAAAACAGUAAAUAUUGUAUUAAAUGAUUUAUAAAAAAAAAUUUUUUUUAUUAAUAUUCAAUGGUUACCUAUCAAAAAUAAUUCAUCUCUUUUGUGUUCAAAUCCUUGAAGUUAUAGUUGUUACGUAAUAUCAAAGAGUAAAGCUGAGUACCUCUGGUGAAUCAUUUUUAAUGCAUUAUAAUUUGUAUUAGUAUUAAUUUAAAAAAAUAAAUUAUCAUCAUAACAAAAGAAUUUUAAUGGAUAUAUUUUAUUUUUUAAAUACUAUUUGUAUGUGAUACAUUUUCAUUUAUGUAUGUUUACUUCUUAUUUGUGAAAAAAAAAUAAAAGCAAUUCAGCAUACUCUUAUUUUGUUAAUAUCAUAAAUCACAAUCUGCCAGGGCCAUCUGUUAUUAUUGUUAUUUUUAUUUUUUUGACUGGAGAAAUAGUUAUUUUCAUAUCUGUAGUAAGUUUCCCAGAGAAUUCCAGGAUGUUAAACAUUAAAGAAAUACGAUAAGUGCUACAGCCAUAUGCUGCUGUUUUAUGACUGUAGGAAUAAAAAGAAUUAAAAGAUUGUUCAUGAUUUUCAAUACACAAAGAGCCCAUAUUCGUUUUUUCAUUUUUUAAUUGCUCCUUUUAAAAGUAACCAUAAUUUGUUUUAUGAAAAAUGAAUGUCAAAAAUAUGUGCUUCAGGUCAUGAACUUGGGUCAACUACCAUCAUCAUUAUUUAAUUGUGUGUCACACCAUUUUUUAUAAGAAUAUAUUAAAAUUCUUCCUCUUCACAAUUAUAACAAGUGAAGUCAGUUAUUCUUAUUCUAGCCCUAUAAAUAAAUUAAAAUAAGUAUACCAUUUUUAUUACUUUUAAGAAUAAAACUAUAAUAAUCAUUAUACUAUAUAUAAUCAUUCUUAAUCAUGAUUGAUUAACUAGUUAUAUAACAAAAUAAACUUUCAUAUAUUGAUGUAAAGUAUAAUAUACUUUUUAUACAAAUGAUAUUUUUAUUAAAAAUUAAUUAAUAAUAAUAAGUUAGAUAUCUGUUUUUAUCUUCAACAUAUAUUUUUAACAAGAUUAAUGAAUUCAUAAUACACAAGUAAAAUUGUAUUUUUAAUUCAAUCUAAACACUUUAUUAUUAAUUUAGAAUAUUCCUUAAACUACUGUAUUUUUCGUUUUCAAAAAUCACUGAAUGUAUUCUAAUAUAUUGUUUUUAUUUCUAGGUAUUCUAAAAAAUAUUCAAAUUGAAUUUAAUAUUGGAGAUGAUAAAGGUGGUUUAUUGCAAACUGCAUUUGUCAUAAGUUAUAUGAUAUGUGCUCCAGUUUUUGGUUAUCUAGGAGAUAGAUACAAUAGAAAACUUCUCAUGGCAUUUGGUGUAUUUUUGUGGUCAUUAACUACAUUUGUUGGUUCUUAUAUGAAUGUAAGUUUUUAGAAUUUAAUUUUUUUAUAUAAGUCAUUUAAUAUGUUUAAUUUUGUUUACAGGAUUAUUAUUUAUUUUUAUUUUUUCGAAGUUUAGUGGGUGUAGGUGAAGCUAGUUAUUCAACUAUUGCACCUACUAUUAUAAGCGAUAUGUUUGUAAAAGAUUUAAGGUCCAAAAUGUUGGCUUUGUUUUAUUUUGCCAUACCUGUUGGAAGGUAUUAAAAAUGCAUAUUGUAAUAUAUUAAAAACAUAAUAAAAACAUGUUUUUUCGUGAUUGGUUUUCUUAGUGGUUUAGGCUAUAUUAUUGGUUCAGGAACAGCAAGGAUUCUCGGUACUUGGCACUGGGGAUUACGAGUCACACCACUACUUGGAAUGUUGGCUGUUCUUAUGAUUUUGGUUUUUAUGGAAGAACCUGAGAGAGGUCAAUGUGAAGGGUUUUCUCACUUAACCACUACAUCUUGGUCUGAGGACAUAAUGUUAUUAACACGGAAGUAAGUUUCUAUAUCUGAUAAUUUAUUUUUAACAUGCAGAUGUAUUGCAUAUUAAUACUUUUUUUGUUAGUCAAAGUUUCAUGUUAUCCACUGCUGGAUUUACUUGUGUAGCUUUUGUAACUGGUUCAUUAGCCUGGUGGGGCCCUAAUAUUAUGUGGCAAGGACUUAAAAUGCAAAAGGGCUAUGAAAAUGUGGAACCAAACAGGUAAAAAAUUUAUAAAUUACUCCUAGACAAACAUACAUAAAUUUUAGAGAUUGUUACGAACUGUUCGAUUUUUGAACUGAAAAUUGCAAAUAAUCUAACUGAACCAAAUAUCGAAUAGUUUGGUUAAAAAAUCAUUUGAUGCUAAUUCAGCACGGUCAUUAAUACGAUGUUCUAUGGUGGGAGAUAGUGGCCUUAUUAUGAAAAAAAAAAACCUAUUUUUUUCACGUAAGUGUGUUUCAUGUAUUAUUAUACUUUAUUUUUUUAAUUUCAUAAAAAUAUACAACUUUACUAUCAAACCACAAGAUAAACUUUUUAGUAUUCGUAUUUGAUAUUUUUAAAGUUUGGCUAAAAAUCAGGGUUCGUAACAACAAUAAUAAAUAUUUAUACUUUUUAAUAAUAAUUAUUUGUAUUUAGUGUGGCAUUAAAUUUUGGAAUAAUAGCCAUGGCAGCCGGACUUAUUGGUGUACCUUUAGGUUCUUAUUUGUCCCAAAGACUUAAAGUGCGUUAUCCUAAAGCAGAUCCACUAAUUUGUGCUGGUGGUCUUCUGAUAUCAGCUCCACUUCUGUUUUUAGGACUAGCACUAGCAGAUAAAUGUUAUUACCCUGUGUUAGUUUUAAUAUUUAUUGGUCAAAUUGCAUUGAAUCUUAAUUGGUCAAUCGUAGCUGAUAUAUUAUUAGUAAGUAUUCAAUUAUCAAUGGAAAUGUAAAGAACAGAAAUUAAAAUAAUUGGUUUUGCUUUGUUUUUUUUUUUUGAUGUGCAGUUAUUUCCAUAUCAAAUCAAUGUCUACAUUUUAAAUUUAAAAUAAGCAUGUAACAAAUUUAAUACUAUUCAUUUUUAAUUUUAGUAUGUCGUAAGUCCUAAUAGACGAUCAACUGCUGAAGCAUUUCAAAUUUUAAUAUCACAUUCAUUUGGAGAUGCUGGUAGUCCAUAUCUUAUUGGAGUGGUAAAAUUAAUAAUAAUUUUAUUUUUAAACUUAUUUAUUUAUUACAUUUAUAUGUUAGAUUUCAGAAAUGUUGAAAAAUUUUUUUAAAAAAAGUAACAUACCAUUGCUUUUAGCUUCAGUAACGUCGCUAAGCAAUAAUAGUUUACAAAUUGCUGAUGUCAAAGAUAAUAAAAACAACUUCCAGAGUCUUCAAUAUGCCCUGUUCAUAUCAAUUAUUGUUGAAGUCUUAGGAGCAAUAUUUUUCUUUUUCGCUGCUCACCAUAUUGUCAAAGACAAGGAAUUAGCAGAAACAGAGACUCCAGGUUGGCCAAGCUACACUCCUAUUGUAAAUUAAAAUAUAUAUAUUUAAGAAAGUCUCAAUUAUUUAUAAGCAUAAAAGGCUAAUUUUGCCUAUUCACUAGUCUCAAAUUGAUAUGACACAAUUCGUUUUAAUAUUUUUCUAUUGGCUACCAUUGUGUUUUUAUAAUUUAUUUUUAAUCUGAUUUUUAUGGAUGUUGGUUAUUUUGUGCAUUAUUUUUAUUAUUAUGAUUAUUAUUUUUAUUUUUGGUUUGCAUUAAUGCUUGCUCUCACCUUUUUCCUCUCCUAUUUAUGUUAUCAUAUAUUUAAACUCAAUGUCAUGAGCUUAAUAGUUUAUAAAAAUGAGGAUGUAUACUUUCACCUAAUAUAUGUUGCUUUGGCAUUUAUGUUUUUGUAAUAUAAUGUGAUAUUUUUUGAUACAAUUUUAUUGUUUUCUAUUAAAAACUGGUAUUCUGAUAAUUCUAUAUUGUGUUUUUAAAUUGACCUUUAUAAAUAUGGUGAAAUUAAUUAGUUUUUUUGUAAAAUAUGAAAAUAAUGGGAAUUCAUUAAAAAUGGAGAAUUUUAUUACCACAAAUAAAUAUUCAAAUAUUAAAUAUUACUUUUAAAUAACAAACUGAUUUAUCAAACAAGUUUAAAAAUGUCUUCACUCUAUUCAGUUAAGUUGCCUGUUUUUCAAAAAAAAACACAUUCAUGCUUAUUCAUUUGCGUUUGCUGUGAUGGUGAAUAACAGUGCUCAUUUUUAGUAGAAAAUGUGAACACAAACACUGGCCAUUCUUAACCAGAAUAGAGUAUAGACAUCACAUUCAUGAGUCAUAUAUAUUUACUCAGUGGAAGUGUUCAUAUAAAAAUUAAAAAUUAAAUAUAAACAAUUAAAAACUGCUAUACGAAUGAUUUAUUAAAAUAUGGUCUAUUAUGAUAAAUGUUAACUAAUAUUUAAAGUUUUAAGUUUUAAUUCAAACCUUCACUUAACUAAAUAUUACUAAAAUACAAUUUGUUGUGAUAAAAAUUUAAGAAAGCAUUUUUUUUUCUUUAUCAUAUUCUCAUAUUAUUUUUUAACUUUAAUAUGUGAUAUAACUGUUUACUUUCUUACUAAAAAAAAUCUUGGAAUAUUGUUCAUAAAAAUAUAUAUUUUUAAAAAUACAUGUUGUCUAUUUAUUUAAAUGUGGAUACUAUUAAAAUGGGUUUAAUUAAAUGUUUAUCACAACUAAAAUACUAUAGAGAAAUAGACUAUUGUAUUUUUUUAGCAAAUUAAAAUUAAUUUAAAAAUAUUUAUAUAAUAUAUAUAUAUAUAUAUUAUAUAUGUUAUUCUUAACUAUUUCGUAUAGAAUUGUAUGAAGUAAAUUCAUUAAAAUAUAUACAAAUAUAUUUGAAAUUUUAGAAACUAUUAUAUUUUAUACAUCAAUUUCAUAAAUUAACUUUUAUAGUGUAUUAUUUAUUUGAAAAAUAUAGUUUCGAGUCAUUUAUUGACUUUUAUUAUUUUAAUUGUAGGGAAAUUCUAUUAUUGAGUCAUUCAAUGUCUAGUUCCUCAUUAAUAUCAUACUUUAUGUAAUUCAUUUUAAUAUUAAAUAUUUAUGUUGUCAAAUACAUUUUUCUCAUUAAUAAAAAAUUAUUGUUUUUUUUUACAUGAACAUUGGACAUUAUGCAUUUUAAAAUUAUAAUUAUACAACUGUAGCCUAUUAAUGAUAUUUAGAACACAUAUUAAUAACUGUUUAUAACUAUUAUAUUAUAGUUUAACUUUUUUCAUAUAAUAUAUGCUUACCUAAUAAUUGGCCUUUUUAGUUUCAUCUAAUAAUUUACUACAUAAGUUUUACAUAAUAAGUUGGUGUUUACUAUUUGAAAUAAUUGAGUACAUUGGGUGUUAUAUGUGUAUCUUUUGCAUUAAUUUAGUUAUUUAACUAAUAUUUUUAAUCAACAUUUAUUUGAAUGUAUGUGUAAAAAUAUAUAUUUACUCUUUUUUUCUGCACUAUAUCAGAAUUUCCAUACUAAAUUCUUAGUAAAUAUAUAACAUAAUUAUUAUAAAAGUGACCAAAUAAACAUGCAUAAUUUUUAUUUUUUUUUUGAAGUAUUAAAAUUAUCUUGUUUUGUCCCAAAUAAAAUUUUUUAAUCAUUGAACAAUUGAUUGUAGGAGCAGAGACAUGCUCGCUCACUUGAGGAAUUCAAAUGUCAUAUCCUCUCCACUGACCUUUUUUUUUAUAAUAACUCAUCACUUUUUGAAUUUCUUGUAUAUUUUGUCUUUUGAUUGAUAUUUAGAAUUAAUGUUUAGUAUCAAACUAUAAAUACUUUAUUAUGACACAUUAUUUGUAAUAACAGAUGUAGCAGUACCUAUAACUAGUUAUAUUCAAAUAUGAAUAUAUUGAGCACGUCGCUGUGUAUGGAUUCUAAAUUUAACUAUAAGCACGUUAAAUAAAUAACCAACUAUCAUUUUAAACUAAAAUGUUAUCUAAUUUGCAAUUGAUGGCUAUCAAUGAUCCUGCUUGGCUGUUUAGACAACAUGUCUUAUGAUAAAAAUAAUUAUAUUUAAAAAUAAUGCAAUAUUAUGUUUAUUUUUACUAAUUACACUACUUAAAUCUCAUUGUUCUUAAUACUGGUCUACUAUAAAUUUAACUAAUGAUUACAGUAAUUUUAAUACGUAAUUUUUUUGCGCUUGUAUUCUAGUGAUCUAUGGUUGUACCUCAUAUUACACUGAAAAUAUUUUUUUAACAUAAUAUAUAUUCAAGCAUGAAACAACCGUAUUAUAUAUUUUGUGUUUAUUGUAUACAAAUAAUUAAGAUAUAUACUUAUUGUAUAUAAUUCUUUAACAAAUGAUUAAAAAAAAAAAAAAUGUAUAUGAAGUGAAUUAUAUAUUUAUUUUAUCUAUUAAUCAUCAUUAUUGGUUAAUUAUAGCAAAAUGUCAAUGUCCUGUUAUCAAAUUUAACAAUUGGUGGUUGCUUAUCUUAGGGUUUACAAGGGUUACUUUUUGCUUGAAUACUGUUUGUAUGAAUGAAUACAUUAUAAAUAUGCUUAAUUCGGUUCGCACUAUUUUUCCUUUUAACGUAUUUUUUUUUUUUAAACAAUAUUAUUGUGAAUUAAUUUCAGCAGAUAAUGAACAAGAUACUGUGCAAAACAGGUAUCCCGCGGACGAAACACGUUUGCGUGGUCAUUCCAAUCCCCAUUUUGUUGCAUAAAAUUUGUCAUUAAUGCAAUACAAAUAUGUCAAUACAUUGAUAUCAAUUCUUAAAAAUUAUCUUUCAAAAUCAAUAUCAAUUAUUUGUCAAACUACCUUGAAAGAUUACUUAAGAAAACAUGUAUUAUUUUACAUAUUCAUAUAAUUUAUCUGUGAUACUUAAGGAAAUUAUAAUAUGAUUACAUUUAAAUUAUAAUUCUUAACAAAAAAAACACCCACUAUUGUAAACUAAUUGUCCAAAAUGUAUAGAAUAUAAUUAAUGUAAUAUUCAUAAUUAUUUAAAAAUCAUCAAACUGCCUUUGUUAGUCUGUUGUACUUACAAUUAUUUUAUUGGUGUUUUGUUUUCAUUACCAUAAUUUUGUAUUUACAUAAUGGUAAUUCUAUUAAGUACUUACCUAUCUAUAAAUAUUUAUUAUGUAAUUUUCUUUUUGAAAUAGAUUUAAGAUAAAGAUGUAAGUUUGUAUGGAAAUUAAAUUUUUGAUAAAUAAAAUGUUUCUGAAACUUGGACCAAAUAAUUAAGUAUUUAUAUUAUAUAAUAUAAUUCAUUUUUACUAAGAGUUAUUUUAUAGCUGGACAGUAAUUCUUUACAAAGUUACAGAAAUUAAUGAAUUUUUUUAAAUUGUAAUUUAAUGCUUUUAGUUGAUUCAACAAAAUUAAACAUUGUAUUUAGAGUUACUAAAAUUAAGGAACUUGCCCUGAUUAUUAACCUUCAAAGUCAUAAUAUCAUUA